GUGACGCCUGAUUACCCAUAAUAGGAUGUUUGAUGAUUUUAUCCGCAUGUAGCGGGACACAGUGACCCUGAAGUGAGUCGGCGUGAUUGUAUUCCUCUUGUUUUUGAGUGUAGGGGUGGUUUUCGGGCUGAUGGGGGCCGCGGACAGCAGGAGCAGAUCGGUGUCGUUCGGACUGGAUGCACAGGACAAUAUCAGGGUCCUUCACGGAGUUCAGUUGUCCGGUGAUGUUCUUCAGCGGAUGCGAGAGUCUGGACCAUCAUCAUCAUCAUCCUCAUCAUCUAAACCAGAGAGUGCCAAACCUGAAGCAGGGCCAUCUGCUGCAGAAACGCAGGAGGAGCUCAGAAGACGGUUCGAGCGUGAGCAGGCUCUGGUCCAGGAAGAGUUGGCACGGAUCAGCCGUAGAGAGAGAGAGAGAUGGCGGGAGACGACAUGAAUCCAGCAGCGCUGAGAGAGACAGCAAAGACACGCCAGGAACCAGACAAAACACACAC